AUGUCUCAGGUGGAUAACAGAAACUCGUCAGCAGCGAAGCGCGCAAGAACUGAUGGUAGUCGCAGGGAGGAUGAUUGGACUUGUCCAAGCUGUGGCAAUGUCAACUUUUCGUUUAGGACUACUUGUAAUAUGCGUAAUUGUACCCAACCCAGGCCAGCUGAUCAUAAUUCGAAAUUUGCUGCCAAGCCCCUGCAAGCACCACAGGGUUACUCAUCAGGUCCUUAUGUAGGUUCUGGUGCACCUUCUUCGAUGUAUAUGGGCGUGCCACCAUAUGGUUCUUCCCUCUUCAAUGGGUCAUCUAUUCCUCCAUAUGAUGUUCCAUUCACUGGGGGCUCAGCUUAUCAUUACAAUUAUGGAAGCCGCCUUUCCGGUGGCAGUCCAUAUAGACCGUUGCAUAUGGCAGGACCACCUCCUUAUUCUGGUGGUUCUAUGAUGGGAAAUGGUAUGUGGGAUGUACGCAAUGCCCCCCUAAUGGACCGGUAUGGAUUGGGUAUGCCAAUGGGCCCUGCCGCUAUGGGACCGAGGCCAGGUUUUUUCCCAGACGAUCAAUCCCAGAAGAAGGGUUCAGAUGCAACACGUGAUAAUGAUUGGACUUGCCCGAAAUGUGGGAAUAUCAACUUCUCUUUUAGAACUGUUUGUAACAUGAGGAAGUGCAAUACGCCAAAGCCAGGAUCUCAGACUGUGAAGUCUGACAAAAAUUCCAAACAAAAAAUGCCGGAGGGAAGCUGGAAGUGUGAAAAAUGCAACAACAUAAACUAUCCAUUCCGGACGAAGUGCAAUAGACAAAAUUGUGGGGCUGAGAAACCAGCUGAGUCAAAGAAGUCCCCUUCGCCGGCACCUGAUGAGGAGGAUCAGGUUUGUUAUGUGAUUCAUCUUGAUUUGAGUACUAGGACAUGUCUGAGGGUUGAGAAGGUCCAGAGUUGUCGUCCAGCAUUGCUCAAUAUGGCGAUGGUAUUGUGGUCUACUGGUCUUAUGGAUCCUUUGAUGCAUUAUGUGUCUGCCAGGUUAAUCUGGUUAAGAUUCUACAGAGCUGGUUGUGGUUCAUGGAUGGAAGCCAAGGAGACGGUUUGUUUCUGGAAUUGGUCCCAUGUGGGUUUCUCACAUUUUAGAGUGGUUGGAGUUCUGGAAUCUGGUUCACCUGCAGGAUUGUUUCUAAACUAUUGUGGUACCUUGAACUUCCAGAAAUCUGCAGUUGCGUUUUGA